AUGAACUUGUGCGACAUCUCGCUAAUACAUCAACUAUUUGACAGACCCGUAUUACAGUGUUAUAAUAUAUACUUACCAUCGUAUUUCGAUGUGAAUAGAUAUACAAGAAUCACGAUGCGUAGUCGAAAGCGUUCUGCCAUUGGUGAUACGAUUCAUGACUCAAUCGAAAAACAGCCUCGUACAGGUUGGCGUCGAUUUAUGAACGAACGAGCUGUCCGUCGUGCUUAUGUACCUACCAGUUACGAACACGCAGCUAAUUGUCUAACUCAUGGAUGUCUUAUCAUUCCGUCGUUUAUCGCUGCACGACGUUUGGUAUCUCGCGCGAAAACACCCGCACAAUACUGGAGUAGCUUGAUCUAUGGUAACGCUUUGAUUUUUCUCUUUUCAUUUUCUACCUGUUUUCAUUGUUCCUGUUUUCACCCGACAUACAGUGAUUCGACAAUCAGACAUCUAUUGCAUCGAAUUGAUCGUGCAAUUAUUUACAUUUUUAUCAGUGCUAGUUACACACCAUGGUUUCUCUUGCGUUCUAUACAGUCAAUAUCAACAGGUUUUAUUCUUACCAUUGUUUGGACCAUGGCUGUGUUAGGUAUAGCCUAUCAAAUUAUGUAUCACGAACGGCACAAAUGGCUUGAAACCUGUUUCUAUGUUGUCGUCGGCGUUCUUCCUGGCGUACUUACCUUGUGUAUGGACGAACGUAGUGGAAUGCCUGAACUAGCCAUAGGUGGUCUAGCCUUCCUUGUCGGCAUAAUCUUUUUUAAAUGUGAUGGUAUAAUACCAUUUGCCCACGCAAUAUGGCACUGUUUUGUCUUCUUCGGUGCUGCUAUCCAUUACUAUGCCGUUUAUACUUACCUUAUUACACCAUAA